UCUUCCUCUCCCAUUCCCUUGUGACUUUGCCGAGCCCAUUUACCACUUAAACUUUCUAGCGUCUAAAACUUCUCAGUAUUAAACUUUCUAGCUUCCCAAACACCCCUUCUCUCAGUUUCUUCAUAUAAACUUCAAAGCUCCACAUUUUUCAAAUACAGAGCCCUCUGUCUCUCCUCAAUCACCUUUCCAUCUCUCUCUCUCUCUCCCUCUCUCUCUCUCUCACCUUCCAAAACCUUCAGGAACGACCAAAUGACUAACCAGAAUGUGGUGGUUUCCGAUGCCAAAUCAGGCAUUGGCUUAGCUCUGUUCUCGUCGGCCGUGGCGAAGCCGCCGCCGGCGGCUGCACAAGGCGGCGGCUUUGUCGCCAUUCCAAGAAAAAAGCCCUUGAAGAAGCUCGAAACUGGCAGCGGAGCCGCCAGAAUAAGCGCCUGGGUUGACUCAAUGAGAGCUUCUUCUCCGACUCGCAAACCUCUCUCCGAAUCCGAAGAUCAAAUCAAAAGCUCUUGGAUUCUUCAUCAUCCAUCUGCUUUAACCAUGUUCGAGCAGAUUAUAAAUGCUUCGAGCGGGAAACAAAUAGUGAUGUUUCUUGAUUACGACGGUACUCUGUCGCCGAUUGUCGAAGACCCAGAUCGAGCUUUCAUGACCAAAGAGAUGAGAAAGGCUGUAAGUGAUGUUGCAGCAAAGUACUUCCCUACAGCCAUAGUUACCGGGAGGUGCAGAGCCAAGGUUUAUAACUUUGUAAAAUUAUCACAGCUUUACUAUGCUGGGAGUCAUGGCAUGGACAUCAAGGGACCAGCUAAAGACAGCAAUAACAGAGAAGUGAAUGCUAAUGCUAAUCUUAAUGACAAUCAAGGGCUCUCUUUCCAGCCUGCCAGAGAAUUUUUACCCAUGAUUGACAAGGUGUACAAAGUUUUGUUAGAGAAAAUCAAAUCCACCCCUGGGGCUAAGGUGGAAAACAACAAAUUUUGUUUAUCAGUACACUAUCGCUGCGUUGAUGAAAAAAGUUGGAAUGCAUUAGCAGAGCAAGUUAAGUCAGUGCUUAACGACUACCCAAAGCUUAAAUUGACUCAAGGAAGGAAGGUUUUAGAAAUCCGACCAACCAUCAAAUGGGACAAGGGAAAGGCCCUUGAAUUCUUGUUAGAGUCACUCGGUUAUGCGAAUUCCGAUGAUGUUUUUCCGGUAUACAUCGGCGAUGAUAGAACCGACGAGGAUGCAUUUAAGGUGUUGCGCGAUAGAGGACAAGGGUUUGGAAUACUUGUGUCGAAAGGUCCAAAGGAGACUAAUGCCUCUUAUUCUUUGCAAGAGCCUUCUGAGGUUAUGCAUUUUUUGCGACGUUUGGUGGAAUGGAAAAAAUCACUGCUACAUGGACAUUAGAAGCGUGUAGAUGACAAGAGAAAUUGAUCUCAUCCCUUCAUUUUUAAUUUUUUUUUUCUUUUUUGGUCUUAAAUUCCAACCCUAAAAAAUUUGGUAGGGGUUCGUUGAUAUUAUGUAAUUUUCUUGUUUAGAUCAAAAUUGAUAGAGAACGGGAGAAGGAAAAUUUGUAAUGUCGAAAAAAUUCAAGUAAAAUAAUUUUAAAAACUAUUUGAGUA